GAUAAGCGACAGGCUUAGAACACAAGAAACACAACAGCCGAGUCGCGCGAAACCACAUGAGAUAUUGUGCUUAUUGUGUGGAAGAUUGUAACUUGUAUAUAUUCUUAUAUUAAUUGAGAACUGGCAAAAAUGGGUUUGAAAAAUGUUGAAGAUCUCAAAGCCCUUUUGAAGAAUGCUGGUCGACCAAGAGAUUAUCCAAGUCAUGGAGCAAAGGUUCACUCUGUGGACUGGAACUGUGAUGGGAGGAGACUUGCUUCAGGAUCAUUUGACAAAUCUGUUUGCGUUUUUAUUCUAGAUCGAGACAGACUGAUAAAGGACCACACCUUCCGAGGGCACAGUGACAGCGUUGACCAGCUAACUUGGCACCCCAGCCAUGGGGAUCAGCUGGCCACUGCUAGUGGUGACAAAACUGUCAGACUCUGGGAUGCCAGAGCUCAGAAGCUUGUGGCUACUUUACCCACAAAAGGAGAGAACAUCAACAUUUCCUGGUCGCCAAAUGGUCAAACGAUCGCUGUCGGAAACAAGGAGGACCUGGUGUCGUUCAUUGACGUGCGGCAGCGGAAGAUCGUCCGCGACGAACAGUUCCGCUUCGAGGUCAACGAGAUCACGUGGAACCGCGAGAACAAUCUGUUCUUCAUGACGUCGGGCAGCGGCCACAUCGUGGUGUUGAGCUACCCGAGUCUGGAGGUGCAGCACGACAUCGUGGCGCACCCAGCCAACUGCAUCUGUAUCGAGUUUGACCCGACCGGGCGCCACUUCGCCGUGGGCUCAGCGGACGCCCUGCUCUCGGUCUGGGACGCCCAGCAGCUCAUGUGCCGCCACACCGUCUCCAGGCUCGACUGGCCAGUGCGGACGCUCAGCUUCAGCCACGACGGCGAGCUGCUGGCGGCCGCCUCUGAGGACCUGCUGAUCGACAUCAGCGCCGUCAGCAGCGGCGAGCGGGUGACCACGGUGCCCGUCCAGGCGGCCACGUACACGGUGGCCUGGCACCCGAGCCGCUACGUGCUGGCCUUCGCCUGCGACGAUAAGGACGAGCGCGACCGCGACGCGGGCACCGUCAAACUGUGGGGCGUGCCAGAGUGAGGGGGCGGCACGUCUGUGGGGUCGCGACUGGGAGUGUUCAAUUGUGGAGACAGCCGGGACUGAAUUGGUGAGCAUGUGGUGAAGGCGCCACGCGGCGGGACCGCUGAACUGAAACUCUGGGCUGUGCGGUUCGGGAUCCCGUCAGCAGUGCGCCGUCCUUUUAUCGUGAUUAAUGUAUUCUCGUUCACUGUGGGACAUCGAACUGGUAGCUGAGCUGCAUGCCACUCCUUGUCAGCGUCUUUUUCGACUUUGAAAGACCGAUUCAUUGACACUUUCAAAAAACGUUUCUCUGCUGUCAUUCUCGUGGCAUUUGCUGUGAGACAAGCCUGCAUCGUGCUAAUAGCCGAUUCUUAUUUUGGCGUCGAAAUUUGUCGACAUGAAGAAAAAUGUUCAUUUUGACAUUCAGCAUGAAAAUGGGUAUGGUACAAAAAUGUAUUUGUGUCAGACAUUGUUUCAAGCUAAGAGUUGUGAAAGCGUGGCCAAAUACAGUUUUAUUUUCAUUUCA